AUGACCGCCGAUUUACUUCCGUCCCCUUCUCCCUUCAUGAUCUCCGCGAUACCACCCCCUCGACCUGUUUCCGUCAAUGCCCUCCCGAGAGCUUCCUCCGUUUCAAAUUCGAUAUCGUGCUCAAAAUCAAAUCGAAGUACAAGCGCCGGAAUAUCGACCCAUGAAGGAUCAUUCACCGUCCCCGUGGGUCCGGAUUCCCCGGGGUGGCCCCAGUCGCCUGUGGAUACCGAGAUGGAGGAUGUGCAGUUAGCGGGAACAUCAAUAUGCCAGUCCAAAAUUCGAUUCGAGCACCUCCCGGUCGAAAUCCACGAGACUAUCCUCGACCAUCUGUUUGGGGAGCGUACAUCGACCUUUACCGGGGUCAGUGGGAAAUCUUCUACGCAGAGUUGGCACAAAUCCUUAAGGCAUCCGAGGCGAAAGGCUUUGUCGAAUCUUGCUCUGAUCCUGCCUGUAUGGAGAAUAUUGGUGCAGGAUCGGAUCUACAGACACACCGUCACAGUCAAGCUCAAGGGAACCGCAGAUGAGCUGGAGGAAAGUGCACGCUGGUUCCGUGCGCAUCCCCAUCUGGCACCCUAUGUUCGUCAUGUCGAGAUAUGGAUACCGGUUUGGGGCCAGCGGGCGAUCAGAAAUACCUCCCGUCAGCUUCCACGGAGGUCUAAUGAUGAGAAUGCGGAGUUGACGGAUAUGGCUGCUCUUCAGGCUACAAUGGCGUGGGAAGAUCCGCAUUCCAACCCAAUGGCUGACUACAAAUAUCACUAUGCAAGCCACAAUGCUACGUUAGAAGAGAUGUUUCUCCAUGUGCAGACUGUAUUUCCGGGGGCUCGUAUCCUUACCCUGGAAGGAGGUCAUUGCAAAAAACCCCCAAUGGUACGGCAUUUCAGAACAGAUCCCGCCGGACGUACAGGUCUUUUACGGCUUCCGGUACUGCCAGACGUCCAAACCUUCGUCAUGCGCGGAGCCUGGAAUAUCAUGCGAGACCAGCAGCACUGGACGACUUUAUCGCAAGCACUACCGAGCAUUCGCGAGUGGCACUGUUCGUAUGCCAAGCCAAAGAUUGAAGGCUACGAAACCAUCGCCGGGAUCCUUCGCCGCCUCCCCCCCUCAUUACUUCACAUAAACAUCAGCCUCGAAGGCUUCUACAACAAAGACAACACCCAGAACCGCUGGCUCGGCGACGGCGUCAACCCACCACACCUCUGCCGCCUCCUCGGAGAAGUAGCCCCACGCCUCGAAUCCCUUACAUUCACCGGCAAAGUCUGCGCAUGCCUCUUCGAGUCUACCAAGUCCUUCAUGACAACUCGCCCCAAAGAAAAAUCCAAGCUCAAGUCCCUCGAUCUGGUAGUGAAAACCUGCUGCCGCGACAAAAAGCUCUACCCGGCCUUACCCUUUCUCGACGACUUUUCCGGGAUCACAAACCUGAACUUCAUCCACGCUUUCGAGAAACUCGUCAUAGCCUCCAUCAACGGCCUUCAAAUUCACCAGGAACUAGAGUACAUGCGCAUCCGCUUCAUCGAUCUCGACUCCGCCUGUCCCCCGCUCAACCCUUACUUCCAGCUAGUCGACACUCAGGCCACGGGUCUCUGGAAUGAACCGAUUCUCGAAGCGCUCCAUGAGGUACGUCCGGAAGCGCAGUUCGUCAAACUCACAGACGGCAUCUGCGCGCAGUACGGAAGCAAUAACCAGAUCGUGGGCGCGAUAUACCCGCGCACGAGACCACUGAGCAUCCAUGCUUCCACGUACCGCAUCAUCGCGGACGUCCCGAAGCACGGCGUGUGA